GCCCGGCGGAAAGAGGCUUCCGGAUGCGCGGCGAGGCUGAUGCAACCUCCCUGGAGUGAUAGCAUUGGGAUGUUCCACCUGGGUGAGAGGUAGAAAAGCCACCAGCAAUUAGGACAACGCUGGAAUCCCUGUUGAAGUCUGCAGCCUCUCCAGGAGGAUGGACACCCUGAGGAACCGGACGGUGGAGGAGCUCCAGGAGCUGCAGGAGAACGCUGAGGAGAUCGAGCGCCUGGCCCUGGAGUCCCAGGAGGUUCAGGAGCUGCAGCUGGAAAGGGAGAUGGCCCUGGCUGCCAACAGGAGCUUGGCUGAGCAGAACCUGAAGUUCCAGGCGCCGCUGGAGGCAGGACGCUCCGACCUCUCCAACAAGUAUGAGGAGCUGCAGAAGCUGGCUGAGAGGUGCAAAGAGCAGAAGGCCAAGCUGGAGAAGUUUUCAGCAGCACUGCGUCCUCAGACCUUGCUGGAUCUGCUCCAGGUGGAAAGCCAGAAAAUUGAAGAGGAGUCUGAGAAAAUGGCUGAGAAGUUCCUGGAGGGUGAGGUGACCCUGGAGACCUUUCUGGAGCAGUUCUCCCUCAUGAGGAAGCUUUCCCACCUGCGCCGGGUCCGAGUGGAGAAGCUGCAGGAGGUCCUGAGGAAGUCGGAGGGAUCGCAGGAGCCUGUGAGGGACUCACAACCACCUCCUCCUCCUCCUCCUCCUGCCAUACCUGGACCCAGCGACCCCCCACAACCACAGCCCUUCCCUCUGCCCUACAGCCCAGCCCCAAACCUGCCAGCAGGCCCCACAGCCCAUGGAGCUCUGCCUGCUGCUCCUUUCUCCGGCUCCCCGGUCGCCGUGGGACACGUCGCCUCCUCCCAGCCCAGCCCCCAGCCCUCCUUUCCCUACAAACCUCCCCCAGCUGCUGGGUACCCUCCAGCACAGGCUGCUGACUAUCCCAAACCCCCCUCAGGAGGCUCAUCUUCAGCUCCAGUCUAUGCCUGGUCUCCAUCCAGGGGCCCACCUCCCCCCUCCCCCUUUCCUGCCCCUUCUCCUCCACCACCCAGACCUGUCUACCCUCCCUACUACCCCCCUGGGGCAGCAAGACCUCAGUGCCCCUACCCAACCCAACCCCCUCUUCCUAAUUUCCCAAUCCCCUCACAACCUCCUUACCCUCCUGGACACCCCCAACCCUUUGGGUACCCUCCACCUCCAAACCCUCAACGUCCUCCUUGGCCUGGCUACUAAAUCCAGCCCCCUGGGGGAGCAUCCUCCACUGCUCCCUCCACGUUGUGUGGACUGAGGAAGAAGAGCUUCACUCUUCCACCCAUCAGAGCAGAAGCAUUAAGCAGGAGAAGAGAGUGAGUGGCUCUGGGGGUGGUUGGAGAGGCUGCUGUGUCCCCCACCAUGGGCUCUGACUCUUUGGAGUUGUGUUUGGGAUGAUGGCUCAUGGGCUGAAGUGGCCCAGAUGGGCUCACCCAGGCUCUGGGGUGAUAGCCAGGAACCUGGGAACGACUUGCACUGCUGGCA